GUACAAGUCUUUCCCCUAGAUCCGCCACUGUCAUCAACCUCAAGAUAUGAAAGCUUUUCAAGCAGUUGUGAAUGAUUAACGGUGUCAAAUGCUUUGGCAAGGUCCAGGAACACAGCCCCGGACAGACAACCAUUGUCCAUGGAGUGAAGGAUCUGAUCAGGAAACUUAGAAGCGGUAGUAACAGUAGAUGAGUUUAGUCUUAAACCGAACUGAUUGGGCGAAAUCAAAUUAUUCUCUGUUAAAUAGGUGUAAAGUUGAGGGUGAACCGCCUUCUCCAAGAUUUCGUCAACUGUGGGAAGAAAUGAAAUCGGCCUGUAACAUCCUGUUUCCCGCCCUUCUCUCCUAUUCUUUAGCUCGCCAUUUUUCGCACUGCGCCCCAACUAACUGAACCCUGGAAGAGGCUACUAUACAGGGGGCCACCAUGGCCCGUCCGUAUGUAGUCCUUCUCUAAAAUCCUGUAUCCGCCCCAGGGAAAUUGAGCAAUAAAAACAAAGCACGUGCAAUCUGAGGUAUCACUCCGAUUGUCACGUGGCAUCUCAGAUCAAGAGUUAAAAGAAGAGCGCACUGUCACUGAAAUAAGCGAUUUGCAUGAUGGCGUUAUUUGACUAUAACUACCAGAAUUCUUCACUCUCGGGAGUCUGUUUGUUAUAUAUGCUAAUUAGGACAAUUGUUAUCUUACCUCUGCUGAAGGCUUCAAAAUUUAAAAAUCAAGGAAGAAAAUACAUAAAUUUAAUUGUGGUACUAGCUUGAAGAUCGAGUAAAAGCAAACUCGCGCACAUCAGGAGCCCAUUACUCCUGCGUACAUCCAGAACUGGUCCACACACCUAACCCAUCCUUGUUUCCGUCUACCUCGAUGGACUAAUUCCUGAUCUAUCAGCCUGGAUGGGACAUCGUGUCCGAUGUUGUGUGUUUCUCAGAGACGAGAAUGUUUCUCCGUUACCCCACCCAACCGGGAUAUUCCUAGAGAGAUCGAGAGACUGGACUCUAGUGUCACGGUAAUGGCGGCCUACAUGUGAUUUUCUGUGGAAGCCGUUGUCGCUGGUUUAUAAAGGAAUACGGCACAAACAUCUAUCUUGACAGAAAAUUUGACAGACCACCUUAAAAGGGAAUCAAGUCCAACAUCCGGGUUAGUGACGGAAGGAACACAUGUUUUUCGACAAAACGCGGCCUAAGUUUUAAGCCAAUCAUAACCUGCUUCGAUGGAUAUGGCAACCAAGAUACCAGAGGAGGCGCACGCAUGCAAGCAUUGCGGACAGUUCUUUAACCAGUUAUCAGCUUACAAGGAGCAUGAACGAAUUCACACAGGAGAGAAGCCGUAUACAUGCAAGUAUUGUAAUAAGUGCUUUGGCCAGUCAGGAAAUUGCAAGCAACAUGAGAGAACUCACACAGGAGAGAAGCCAUAUUCAUGCAAGCAUUGUGAUAAGCGCUUUCGCCAAUUAGGACAUUGCAAGAAACACGAGAGUAUUCACACAGGAGUAAAGCUUUAUACAUGCAAGCGUUGUGACAAGUGCUUUAGCCAAUUGGCAAAUUGCCAGAAACAUGAACGAACUCACACAGGCGAGAAGCCGUAUGUAUGUAAUCACUGUAAUAAAAGCUUCAGCUCCUCAUCACAUUGUAAGCAACAUGAACGAACUCACACAGGAGUGAGACCGUAUACAUGCAAGCAUUGCAAAAAGACCUUUAGCCAUUUAGCAAACUGCAAGGAACACGAACGAAUUCAUACAGGAGAGAAGCCAUAUACAUGCAAACAUUGCGAAAAGUGCUUUAGCAGCCACACGUCUUGCAAGCAACAUGAACGAACUCACACAGGAGAGAAGCCGUAUACAUGCAAACAUUGUAAUAAGGGAUUUAGCAAGUCAUCAAAUUGUAAGCAACAUGAACGAACUCACACAGGAGAGAAGCCGCAUACAUGCGAACACUGUGAUAAGGGCUUUAGUCGCUCAUCAGAUUGUAAGCGACAUGAACAAACUCACACGGAAGAGAAGCCGUUUGCAUGCAAGCAUUGUAAUAAGAGCUUUAGCAGGUUAUCACAGUGCAAGCGACAUGAAGGAAUUCACACAGGAGAGAAGCCGUAUUCAUGCAAGCAUUGUAAUAAGGGCUUUAGCCAAUUAGCACAUUGUAAGCAACAUGAACGAAUUCACACGGGAGAGAAGCCGUAUACAUGCAAGCAUUGUAAUAAGGGCUUUGGCCGCUCAUCAGAUUGCAAGCGACAUGAAGGAACUCACACGAAAGAGAAGCCGUAUACACGCAAGCAUUGUGAUCAAUGCUUUAACGACCCAUCAGCUUGCGAGGAACAUGAACGAACUUACACACGGGCGAAGUCGUAUACAUGCAAGCAUUGUAAUCAGGGCUUUAGCAAGUCAUCACAUUGGAAGGAACAUGAGCGAACUCACACAGGAGAGAAGCCGUAUAUAUGCAAACAUUGUGGUAAAUGCUUUAGCGGCCCAUCAGCUUGCAAGCAACAUGAACGAACUCACACAGGAGAGAAGCCGUAUGCGUGCAAACACUGUAACAAGUGCUUUAACAAGUCAUCAAAUUGUAGGCGACAUGAACGAACUCACACAGGAGAGAAGCCGUUUACAUGCAAGCAUUGUAACAAGGGCUUUAGCCGCUCAUCAGAUUGCAAGCGACAUGAAGAAAUACACGCAAGAGACAGUUCUUUAAAACGCAAGCAGCAUGAUCAGGGCUUUCAACUAAGACACGUUCCGGAGCCAGCUGCAACUCAGGGUGGGAAAGCGUUUGAUGUGUUUUCUUUGAGUGAAGAAAGUACAAGCGAAGUUGAAAGCUUUAGCUGUUGGAUUUAUCAGGAGGAAUUUAGUAACGAGACGCUCUCCGCAUAGGCUCAAGGGUUUUUUUUUUCGGGCGAUGUGAGUGCAGGCACGGGACUGCGUGACGCAUUCACCUCGCGCAGCGGAUUCUAUAAUGAACGUUCGAAUCUCUGCGAAGGAGAGACCUAGCGAGGCAUUCUUCCUUUCUCUAAAUGGUAAAACUGGCCUAAAAGCAGCAAAAAACAGCACUAGCCGAAUGUUCGAUGCUAGUAACAUUUCUGCCAAACCAUGGCCAAACCCAUGUCUUGAAAGAAGACUAAAUAUAUAAAUAAUUAAAAACUAAAAGGACAAUAACAAAAGAGACCAGUCUUUUUAAAUGACACUUUUAAUCUAAUAUUUUAAAGUUUCAAUUGCGAAUGUACAAUACUAAAAGUUUUUUUACACACAAAUCACAAAGUCAAGUUGUUCCAACUAUAUACUUUAUCUGAAACGGUCGUGUUCUCCAAUCUGUUUUUGUAUCCUUGAGCUUUGUAAUAGUUGUUGAGCGCUGU